CGGCGCGGGCAGGUACCCCUGCUGCCCGGUCCCAUUUGUUGCCGGGUCUGGCUCGGGGCGGCCGCGGCGCGCGGAGCUCCGGGGAGCCAGGCGGGCAAACGCGCAGCCACGACGGAGCAGCCGCGGGACUGGCCGCCCCGCGCCCCCUUCGCCGCGGUGCCCUUCCCCGGCGCGCUCACCCCCUUCUCGGGAUGGGAUUGUAGCGGCGGCGCGGACUCGGCGGGGAUCGCGGCGGAGGCGGCGGCGGCCGAGCGGGGCUCCAUGUUUUCCCCGGGCCAGGAGGAGCCCAGCGCCCCCAAUAAGGAGCCGGUGAAAUACGGGGAGCUGGUGGUACUGGGGUACAAUGGUGCUUUACCUAAUGGUGACAGAGGAAGGAGGAAAAGCAGAUUUGCUCUCUAUAAGCGGCUGAAGGCUAAUGGUGUUAAACCUAGCACAGUCCAUGUGAUAUCCACACCCCAGGCUUCCAAGGCUAUCAGCUGCAAAGGUCAACACAGCAUAUCCUACACUUUGUCGAGAAAUCAGACUGUGGUGGUCGAGUACACACAUGAUAAAGACACAGAUAUGUUUCAGGUGGGCAGAUCAACAGAAAGCCCUAUUGACUUCGUGGUCACAGACACCAUUUCUGGUGGUCAGAACAAUGAUGAAGCCCAGAUCACUCAAAGCACCAUAUCAAGGUUUGCUUGCAGGAUUGUGUGUGACAGAAAUGAACCUUAUACGGCGCGGAUAUUUGCAGCUGGCUUUGACUCUUCCAAAAACAUAUUUCUUGGAGAAAAAGCAGCAAAGUGGAAAAACCCUGAUGGCCACAUGGAUGGGCUCACUACAAAUGGUGUCCUGGUGAUGCAUCCCAGGGGGGGCUUCACUGAGGAGUCUCAGCCUGGGGUCUGGCGUGAGAUCUCUGUCUGUGGAGAUGUGUACACCUUGAGAGAAACCAGGUCAGCCCAGCAAAGGGGAAAGCUGGUAGAAAGUGAGACUAACGUCCUGCAGGAUGGCUCCCUCAUUGACCUGUGUGGAGCCACUCUUCUGUGGAGAACAGCAGACGGUCUUUUCCACACUCCGACUCAGAAACACAUCGAGGCUCUCCGGCAGGAGAUCAAUGCUGCGCGACCCCAGUGUCCUGUGGGGCUCAACACCCUGGUCUUCCCCAGCAUCAACAGGAAAGAAGUGGUAGAGGAGAAGCAGCCCUGGGCAUAUCUCAGCUGCGGCCAUGUUCACGGGUACCACAACUGGGGCCAUCGGAGCGACACAGAGGCCAACGAGAGGGAGUGUCCCAUGUGUAGGACUGUGGGCCCCUACGUACCUCUCUGGCUUGGCUGUGAGGCAGGAUUUUACGUAGAUGCAGGACCACCGACUCACGCUUUCACCCCCUGUGGACAUGUGUGCUCAGAAAAGUCUGCAAAAUAUUGGUCUCAAAUUCCUCUGCCUCAUGGAACUCACGCAUUUCAUGCUGCCUGCCCUUUCUGUGCCACACAGCUGGUUGGGGAGCAAAACUGCAUUAAAUUGAUUUUCCAAGGUCCAGUUGACUGAUGCCCUUGACAGCCAUCUACUAUUAACAAGUUACUGUGAAGAUUUUGCCACUAACUAGAAUUCUACCUUUUUGUAAUGCUGUUUAUUAGGGAAAGGGUGGACUGAGACUGGGAAAAAAGGGGGGACACAGUGAUGAAACAUGGCAGGAAUUGAACAGAUACCAGUGGUAUGUUGCAUGCUCAAAACAGCAGCAUCGUCAUUGAAGUCUGCUUGAUUAAACCAUAAUAUCUGUGUAAUAAUUGGA